CAUUGAUGGAAUGGAAAUUAAUACUGCAGAUUAAAGUCUUGCCUAUUUAAUUUUUUUAUUUGCAUUUUUAUUUCAGUAAAACCAAUUUUAGUGACGUAAUUGUUUUCGAGAAACAAAUAAAUUUUCUAGCGCAAAUUCCUAAGCAGAUGUAAUUGUUUCCUUUUGUCCUGCGGGGUAUUUUUGCCAAAGUUUUGGCAUGCAAUUACAUUGUAUUUGUUUAUUUAAACACGUGGAAACAUUUUGCUAUUAAGUUUUGCGUUGACCAGUUUGCUUCAAGAAAAAAUGGUAUAAUUAAUCAGCAAGAUGAAUAUAAUGCGAAAGCUGAGGAGCGCGGGAGGCACCGCAAAUGCCUCUGUUGCGGAAAAUUCAGGAGAUACCUCAUCAUCCCACACUCAACUGGGAUUAAUGCACCUGAAGAAAUUGUUUUUGGAGUAUAUGCACCCUCCUCAGCCACUGUCCGAUCAGGAGAAGGAUGAUAAGUUAUACAACAUGUUACCAUUGUUUUGCAAAGUGUUUGGAGCUAGUCCGUCGUGUGACAUGAAUGAGAAAUUCUGGGACAUUUUAGCCUUUUGCCAGCAGGUAUCCCUUUUAAUGGUCUCAGAAAUCAGAAAGCGCGCUUCCAAUCAAAGUACCGAGGCCGCUAGUUCGGCGAUUGCUACAUUUUUAGAAAUAGAGAAUUGUGAAGAAUCGAGUAAUGGUUGGAUGCUCUUGUCCACCUUGAAUCUCUUGGCUGCCGGCAAUAUAACCUUAAUUCAGGUAAUGUCAGAAGUUUCUGUCCCUUCCACUUUAGUGAAAUGCUUGUACAUUUUUUUCGACUUGCCCUUGAUUCCCGAAAAGGAAUCUAAUACCAAAGAUUUUAAUAGUGAUUUUACACGCCAGGAACGUAGGAUUCUGCUUCAGAAAAUAUUUGUUCAGCUGCUUGUUCGGCUAUGCAGUCAUAGAAUACCUGCAGAAGAGCUGGCUAAAAAGGACGAUUUAACUUUAUUAUUUUCUGCCAUUACGUCCGUGUGUCCGUCAUAUAACGUAAUGUGGCGAAAGAGUGCUGCUGAAGUGCUAAUGACUUUAUCCAGACAUGGUCUAACUCCUCCAGUAGUUGGAUACAUACACAACAAAUCUUGUGUGGCGCUCUGCAUAGACAAUAUGAAAAAAGUACCUGAAUUAGCACCUUUGGAAUUAGUAGAAAUGUUUGUAACAGUAUUCUGUUUCCUGAAGGAUUCAAGCGAUGUAUCUUCGACGUUGUUAGAUGAUUUUCGACAAGCUCAAGGCUAUGCGUUCUUAUCCGAGUUCUUAUUGAAAUUAGAACAUGAAAAGUCCGCUGAAGCACAAGAAGCGAUUCGAAAUUCAGUCCUAAUGAUCACUUCCUUGUGUAUGUGUGGUUAUAUCGAACUGAAACCUUCGCAAGCCUCGACAGGAUCAUUAUUUUUAAUGCCUGGCUUCAUCUUGCCACAGCCAUCUGGCAGAGGUGCCAGUGUUAGAAAUAUCCAAGCAUUCCACGUUUUGCAAAAUACGUUUCUAAAAUCCAAUUCGACGCUAGUAUGCGGCACGAUUCUGGACGCCAUUUCAAGCAUAUAUCAUUCCGACAAUGCAAACUAUUUUAUCCUGGAAAACGAGAACACUCUAAGUCAAUUUUCCGAAAAAAUCCAUCACAAACCGGCAGAAGUGCAGAAGAAAAUGUUUGAGCUGAUUGAAUUCCUGGUGUUCACUCUCAAUUUCGUUCCAUGCAAGGAAUUAAUAUCAAUGUCAAUUUUUCUAAAGUCGCAUAGUCUUAAUCAUGCAGAAUGCAGCAUAUUAUGCAUGAAAACGUUGCUUAAUAUCUUGAAGCACAAUGUGAUUUUCAAGGAUGUUUAUCGCGAAGUUGGUUUGCUGGAAGUUAUUGUAACCCUGCUCAGCAGAUACGCGAGUUUUCUGGAGAACAAAAAAAUUGGCACAAAUAAGGGAAAAGACUAUGUUAUGCCUCCAGGACAGGAGAAGUUAGGCGGUAUGAUAAUAGAAGCCAUUAUUCUUCUGUUAUCUGGAAAUAUAUCCAACGCAACUGUGCUAAGGGAAUGUGGAGGUGCGAAGUGUGUACAUGGACUUGUUCAGUAUCUGGAUUGCAGGUACUCCGCACUAGGUAUUAUCAAAGAAUUAGUACUUACAAGUGGAGGAGAUGACGAUAUGGGCCACUUAUUAAACACGUUACAAUCUGCCACUCGAACGGACCUAAGUUUAAAAAUUGAUAUUCUGGAAGCACUGAAGAUAUGUUUAAAAGAGUCGCACCGAACCCGCACAGUCUUCAGAAAGGCAAAUGGUUUUAUAUAUGUAACCAGCGUAUUAGUUGCUUUAGAAGGCCGGCUAAGCAAACCUGAAACAGAUGCUCAAGUACUGCAAUUGCUUGCUCUUGUUUUCCAAACCAUAUGCAUUGCGAUGAGAUUCGAACCGGCAAAUGCCAAAUUUUUCUACUAUGAAGUGUGCCGAACCAGUUUAUGUGACACCUUAAAAUUAUUGGGGUGUUUUUCGUCCGAAAAAGUCGAGAAAAUAAGCGAAAAUGAUUUCGAACCCUCAACCAAUGAUCAUCAUGAUGUGUUUCACAAUUUAUUUGUUGGUCCAGUGGUCAAUGUUAGCAUUCCAGAUGGGAUUUCAGCUCCUUUGGCCUACACUACUAUCGUAUAUCGAUUAAUGUACGACUUGGCUUUAGAUCUUUAUGAUAGAGCUAAUAUGAAUACUGCCAUGUAUGCAAUUAAAUCGCCUCCCUUGUCUCGUGAACAGAGCUUAACACAGGGUGAUUCUGAUGGAGCAGUCAAAAACAAGCGAACAAGCGUUAACAGUUUAAAUUUUAAUCCUCCAUCCCCUGAACCGAUUAUAGUUCAUCCCGGGGUAGUUAUAUGCAUGUACCAGCUAUUGCCCUGUAUACAGGAUAAAGACUUUGAGACGCAUUUAAGUCUGCAGCUUUAUCUAGCCGAAGUGAUAAAGUCUUUAGUAAGGAGUGAAAGAAAUCAGCAAGUUAUGUGCGAUAAAGGUUUUGUCAAUUAUAUUUUGGAAAUAGGUUUUGCGGCGUUACAAAACGAGUCCCACCCACUACACGGACAUAUGCAGUACAUGUUGGAAAGGCUGGCUGCGCAAGCACUGGAAUCUAUUGACUUGAGAACAUUUCUGCGAUUUGGAAAUCCCCUAUGCUGCUUGCCCUUGGGUUCUACAGAACAAGGAGGCGGACCAGUUCCUUUAACCCGCAUCAAGACAAUUGUAUCUAUGACCACUCCCAAAGAUUUCCGCGCUCAAGCAUCAUAUACUUCGCCUCCUUUUAUCGAAUUUGAUAUGUCUGCUGAGGGAUUUGGCUGCUUGUUUUUACCGAGUAUUGCUCCGCAAUCUCUACCAGCCGCUAGUGUGGUUUCCGGUGUAGAAAGCUGUGUUUUGGGAGGUAUUGGAUCAGGAGACCGUUUGUUUCCCCCCCAAACGGGUCUGAGUUAUUCUACAUGGAUUUGUGUUGACAAAUUCUCAGAUCCAAGAACCGAUCCGCACUCAGUUCAUUUGCUCACUUUGGUGCGGAACUACAAUGGUGGCAAAGACGAUGUGGUUUGCUUGUCUCUAGUUCUUUCUACUCGAGAUAAGGCAAUUAUUGUGUCUACAAGGGAAACGCGUGUACCAAACAACCUUAUAGGAGAUUGGGAGCCGGAUGGUUCAGGGGAAUAUGGAGCCCGAGUUUGGUACCCGGAUCUGCUAAAAGAAGCCCAAUGGCAUCACAUAGUAGUUGUAUUGAACCGAGCUGUACUGAAAAAUUCGUCAUUUUCCUUGUACAUUGAUGGUCAGCAAGUCCACUCACAGAAAAUGCAUUACAUUUCUCAAAGUCCUGGCGGGCCCGCUGUUAACAUGAAUACUGCCACUUCCGUGUAUGGGUAUAUUGGCACUCCACCCGCUUGGCGUCGAUUUUCGAAGUUGUGCUGGAAGCAGGGGUCUUGCCAUUUAUUUGAAGAGGUGUUGCCUCCCGCAACAGUUUCCCAAAUGUACCAAUUGGGACCUCACUAUAUGGGUUCAUUCUUAGCACCGAAUUUAUUAGCAGCUGACACAGUUCCGCUUGUAACCGAAGAAAAAGUUGUGUUUGGCCUGAACGCCAAAGCUGUGUCUUGGCAAACGUUGAACAAUAUCCGUAAAGUUUACAGUAGAUCAGACAACAAGUCUAUUGCGAAGCAACUGGGCAUGUCUAGUCGCGAAAGUGCCACCCCUAUAAGGGUACUACAUAAUUCGGCAGGUCAUUUGGCUGGAUCUGCCAGAACCUUAGGCGGAAUUGUAAUAGGAUACUUAGGAGUUCGCGUGUUUUGCCCAAGACCUGUGGCGACUACGAUUGAUACGAUAGGCGGUUGUUCAGUUCUACUGGGCUUAAUAGCAAUGGCCCAAGAUCAGGAAAGCCUCUAUGCCGGCGUUAAAGCUCUGGUUUGUGUAGUAAGAAGUAAUAAAGUAUCACAAGCCGAAAUGGACAGACGGCGGAGCUAUCAGACUUUGGCUAUGUUGUUUCGACGGAAAAGACAUUUGCUCAAUUCACAUAUUCUACAUUUAGCCUUUGGCUUGGUAGGAACAGUGGACAGCGGACGAGAAUCAUCAGCCAUUCCAAAUAAAACCGCCUUUCAAGACUUACUUUGCGAUCUAGAAGUAUGGCAUGAAGCUCCUGGCGAACUCUUAAGGUCCCAUUUGGAACAUUUGUAUGAGUUAGUGUAUGAAUCUAAUGAAAAGAAAUAUAACACUUGGGUCAUGCGGGAUUUGGGUUUGGUGGAAAAAUUGUUGCAUAUCACUCCGGAUGUUAAACAUGCUGCUACGAGACAGGUUCUGUUUUCGCUUCUAAGCACUCUUUUGGGAAGUCAGCCUAGACCCAACGACCUUUUGCUGUUUGGCCAAUUUAUCAGUUCAACAUUACCCCGCAUUGCUGCUCAAAAUGAAAAAAACAUAUCUCUUAAAGAAGGAGAACCGGAGUGUGAAAACAUUUUGUUGAGAAAUAGGUGCCUCAAUGUUCUUCAUUCGCUGGUGUUUUCAAGUCGCAACCAAGUGGGUGAAGAAAUAACAAAAGUCUUGGGAUUCGAUUGGCUUAUAUCAUUCAUGCAGCCAGAAAUCCAUUCGACUAGUUGUCUAUGGGCUUUUCGAAUUUUGGUAGCGGCAUGUUCAAGUCCAUUUUUGAUUUGCAAAUUCCGAGACGGGACCAGCAAUGGUGGAUGGUUACGUUACGCUGAACAAGUAGCGCACAAUAAAAUGGCUGUUGUUCUAGGAUGUCCGCCACAUUCACCUCUAUCAACUGGUGAAUACAAGUCUGAAGCCCUCCAUAUUCCGGGCUUUCAGUACUUGUAUUGGUUGUUGCCAUCUCACCUAGAUAUUCCAGAAGUUUACUUUCUUUUAACGGCCUUAAUGAUGGGCCAGCCCGCUAAAUUAUUACCUGCAGAUACUAAGUUUGACUUGGACACGGUAUGGGGAUUCUUGUGGGGAAGUUCUGUGAAUAACCAACCCAUCAACAGCGUGGUUCCCAGAAUAACGCUUAGUUCAGACGCUGUUGUUGUUCUUCUGGGAAUGAUGAGGGCACUUCUUCAUUCAGAUCAAGCUACUUUGCCAGAGUGGCUUCAAGAUCACACCACUUCAAUUGUGCAGGUUUUGUUCCAAUUAUAUCACAAUAUGCCGGAAUUUAUGCCCAUUUUCAUGUCGUCUGAAGUACUCAGUGCUUUAGCUAGCACUCUAUUUCCGUUGCCCGCUCGAUCGUCUGAAGAUAGUGCUGAAAGUAGUGGGGCUUCCACUCCCGCUGAAGAGGGUGGAAUGAUGAUUGUUCCUCGAUCACCGUCAGAAGAUGAGCCGUUAACCAAUCAUCCAGCGCGCCAGUUUGUGAUAGAUUUUAUUAGGGUUAUUGUGGUCGACUCUUUAAGUCUAUCCAGUACUGGCAAGGCGUCUCCAGUUAUCGAUUUGGCUCUUGAUGCCUAUCCAAUUGAUUCGAGUAAUUCCCAACAAGUCGCCUAUCAGACGGAAGUGUUGCUAACACUUAUGGAGCAUCUUCUAGCUGCAGAUAUGCUUGUUGGUGACCAGGCGGCCAUUCCAAUAGUGCCAUUGGCUAGUGCACACAUUCAACAUGUUGCGCCUAAUGUUAUAUAUUUAGCAGCGCGUAUAUUGGAUAAGCUAUGGCAAGGGGCGUUGAAUAGGGAUCCUCAUGAGGUUUUCGAUUUUAUAGUGAAAUUAAUUGGGCAAGCGAAAAGAAGAACUGGAAAUUUGUCCUUAGAAGGCCUGUACCAUUGUUUAAAUAGAAGCAUUUUGUUUCUAUUAUCCCGAAAUACCGACUCUAUUGCCGAUCAAAUGUCUGUUUUAGAGGCAUUACAUAAGUUGACAACCAACAGAUUAAUCGUCUUUGGUGCUGGAAAUCACGAACUAGACUUUAUUGGAUGUCUUACUUAUUGCCUUUUGCAACUGACUGCCGAUAUGCGAAUUACUUUGGAAACGAAUAAUGCCAACUCCAUUCCACGAACAACGUGGCACGUUAAUCCAGGUCAAGAUUUAGAGUCGCGAGAUGAACUAUUAAAUGCCCAUCAAGGUCGAAAUCUCAUGGCUACUGCUGCCAUAAGAGUUUGGGAAGAACUAUAUGUAUGUAAAAAGCCUGCUAUUGAAGAAGUAUUCAAAGUCACAUUAGCUUCACCCAAUUUAAAUGCCAAGGCGCCAGAUUUAGUGGGUGUUAGAGAACAAAUUUAUGACGCUGCUGUAAAAUUAUGGCUCAACUAUAUUGAGAGUGAAAGAAAAGCCGCUUAUAAGGUUCCUUGGGAACUGCACAAUCAACUUCAGUCAAAGAUUCACAAGGUAACUGGUGGUUUAACACGCUUGGCUAGUCGAACAAAAGUAAGAAAAGAUGAAAUGACCAGAAUUAGAGUCAAUAUUAGCCGGAAGCAAGCGCUCAAUUGGGUGAUAAGUCAUGUCGGGAUUAUAUCUGAUUUAGUUGAAAUGCGGCGACAGCAGCAUCAAAAUACUACUCAGCAUACGCAAAGGUACAUGCAUCAAGAAUGGCUUCAAACCGAAACUGAAUUGACGAGGGAACGAGGUUUAUGGGGCCCAGUUGAGUCUUGCCAUUUAGAUAAAUGGAUGCUUGAUAUGACCGAAGGACCACACA